AUGGGCUGUGCCUCUUCGAGGACCACACAGCCAACCAUCAUCAAGGGUUUCCUCAUAGAGAAGCUCGAAAUUCACGGGGGCGGCAUCAACUGUACAGCUCUUAGCGAAGACUACUCUCUACUGGCGACGGGCAGCGAAGACGAGACGGUGAACCUGUGGAGCACCCAGUCCACGCCCGUGGAGCUCCUGGGCACGCUCCAGGGCCACACCAGCUACGUAACCCACGCGGUCGUUCACGGGAACUACGUGGUGACCGCGUCGGCGGACAAGACGCUCAAGAAAUGGUCCAUUGUGGAUGCGCGCUGCGUGUACACGUAUCACGGCCAUACGGCUCGAGUCAAUCGGGUCCUGUGUACGGGAGAUUUCGUGUUCAGCACUUCGCAUGACAAGACGGCCAUAGCGUGGCAUUUCAGUGCGGACGUUAUACUGCAGGAAGAACUGGAACGCCAAAUGUUGGCCCAAGUGAGUCAACCCGAACCCGUGGGUCUCAACGGAUCCCAAAGCCAAGAGGAGGAUCCUGAGAGCGACGACAACGGGGACGACAACGAGGAAGAGCAACGGCCAAACAUAGUCAUCACGGGGUCCCACGACUGCACGGCACGCACAUGGGACCUGUACUCUUGCGAAUGCCUCAAGGUUCUAAAGGGACACACGGCACCUAUCAACGCGAUGGCGGUGGACAGCGAAGGUCGACUGCUUUUCACCGGGGGCGGAGACGGUGUCAUACGAUCUUGGUACCUGAAAAGCGGAGAAUGCCAGAGGGUGCUGACGGGACACCAGGGGGCCAUCGUUUGCCUUCUUGCUCAUGGCCGCAUGCUGUACUCAGGCAGCUCCGACCACACCGCGCGUGCUUGGGUGAUGGAGUUUGGCGAAUGCACACGAGUGUAUAGGGGUCAUCACCACACAGUGGACUGCAUCCGCUACCACGACCGGAUGUUAUACACAGGUUCCGGAGACAAGGUUGCCAGAAUGUACGAAGCCAAAUCUGGAACGCUCAAGAGGUCGUUCCGAGGCCACGAGAACGGUGUCGUCUGCAUUGAGGUUGUCGAUGGGAGACUGUUCACCGGUUCCUACGACGGAGCCGUUUUCGUCUGGGACACAACAGGCGUCAUCGACGAAACUGUUUUUGGCGAAGAGGACCUUGAGCUGGAAGAGGAAGAACUACCCGAAGAUAGCGAUGAAGUCAAGAAGGCUGUCAACUUCCUGGAGCCGUUCAUUCACGAAGGUUGAACAAAGGGCAUCCAACUAUU